UAAAUUUGUCGAAUACUACGUUGAAUCUCUAAGACCAUAAGGAAAUUUUUAUUUAGUAUGCAUGUACCGCCAUGCCUUCAUUAUCUUUUAAUAAGAAGUACACGAUUCGUUCACCAGAGCGCUUCGAGGACUUAGAUUCGUUAGGCAGACUGACGUUGUACUUUCGGCUGUCAAUCAUUGUCGUGCUUCGAUCUCUGCUAUCUUUCUCUUCAAACUGUACCAUUUACUUAAACCACGCAAUUAAUCCCGAGGCUAAAAUUGAAGACGUUUCAUAAUUGGAGAAGGGGUCACGACAACGAGCUUGAAAAACUGGCAGCGCAGCGCCGCGCGUCGUUCAAUUGACCAUCAUUCGACUUGAUUCGUGUCAGUAAACAACUAGCGCAAACAAUAGCCGUGUGGUCGAAAUCCUUUCGAAAAACGUGCGAGUUCAAUCGAAAACAUUGGACAGGUUCGUUGCAUCCUGAUAAGGAAUAUAUAUCGACCAUCGAACAAUCAAUUUCUUUGUGCCACCUCUAACUUUAUCGCUACGCGACGAAACGCGACGAUCGAUUGAUAUUUCGUUGAUUGCGCCAUUACCUAGGCGCGGGAGCGCGAGUGCAGUAUUGCGAAAGGACAACAUAGUUGAUAACCAAUGUGGUGGAAAAAUGCCAUAGUUGAACAAUCUGCGGCAGAUGUUACGACAUAAAAUUCACGGAAUCGACAUCAGGUGAAGCGCGUAAGGAGGAAAAUAGGUGGUAACGGUGCCAAGAGAGUCCUGAAUUUUGCAAAAAACGAGUGCAACGCAUUCUCCGGAUGCGACGAAUCCGUUCAGCGGCUGUUCACGCUGGUAAUUCUAGUCGGUUAUCCAGUUCUCCGUGGGCAUUAGAACAGUGCAGUUCACACGCAGUCCACGCUGUUACGUUACUUUUGACUCUGUCCUGAAUUCGUCCCGUCUCGUCUCAACUAACUAACCAAUCGGCGGACGAGUGAAAUAUUUUCCAAACGGAAGAAAGGAUUUGCGAAAAGGAGCAUUGCGAGAAUAUCGAAAUAGCGAAAGAGAAAAACAACGAAAUUUCGAUAGCGAAAUUAGAUCGACAAACGAUACGUUGAUCACGCCUUAGAAAUGAGUUGGAAAUGCUAAAAGGAUAGGUACUUAAAAGCUGAUGGACAUUCGAAAGAAAUAAAAUCAAGGCGAUUUUAACGCGAAUCGCGGUUAGACAGAGAGGUCGGCUAACGAGAAGACGAUCGGGGAAACGAGUUUGACAAGACGAAAGACGAAAGAUGGCGAGCGUAGAUAAAAAUCUCGAGGAGCUGAUGAUGCAUCUUGGCGAAUUUGGUAAAUAUCAAUGCUGGCAAUUCUGCUUGCACAUUCUCGGCGCAUUGACAGCCGGUCUGCAUAUGCUGACCUUACUCACAGUCGCUGCAGUGCCACCGCACACGUGCAACGUUCCUCGAACCACGUUUUCGACAGAAUCGUUCAAUUUCACAUCUUCGACAUGGAACUCCUCCAUCGCGUUCGACGACGUUCCCCGAGCGGUGGACGCGUGCCACUAUUUGGACGCGAACAACGUUACGAAGGAGUGCGACUCGUGGACUUAUGACACGGAGUACUUCCAAUCGUCGCGCGGAAUGGAAUGGAAUUUCGUUUGCUCGCAGCGAUGGAUGGGCGCAGCAGCGCAGUCCUGUUACAUGUUCGGCGUGUUUAUCGGAGCCGUAACGCUGGGCAGUUUGGCCGACAAGUACGGCAGAAAAAUAAUAUUCUACGUGUCUGCUGUUGCCCAACUUGUUUUCGGAGUGACCGUAGCUUUGGUGAACAAGUACUAUGUUUUCCUCAUCCUCAGAUUUCUAUACGGUAUCUUCGGUUCGGCUGGCGCUUACAUAACAGGAUUCGUCCUGACGAUGGAACUGGUCGGAGCAACAAAGAGGACGGUUUGCGGAAUAAUGUUUCAACUGGCGUUCGCCGUUGGGUUCAUGUUAGUAGCCGUUUGGGGUGCCGUGAUCAAGGACAGAAUGUGGCUGCAAAUCGUCUACGGGCUUCACAGCGUGCUUCUCAUCGGCCACUGGUGGCUCAUGGACGAAUCUCCGCGUUGGUUGUGGGCUCAAGGGCGCGUCAGCGAAGCGUUGACUAUCAUACGAAAAGGUCUGAAGAUGAAUGGCAACAACGUAGAUAUAGAUACUGGAAAAUUGAUCAGCGAAGGGAAGAUACGGCAGAUGGAUCAAGAGGAACAAGGUUCUUACGGAGCCUUGGAUCUCUUCAAAACUCCGAAUCUCCGAAAGAAAACGUUAAACGUAUGUCUGAAUUGGUUCGCCAAUUCCAUCGUCUAUUAUGGGUUGUCGUUGAACGCAGGAAAUCUCGUUGGAAAUCCAUAUUUGAUGUUGUUCCUCAGCGGUUUGGUGGAAUUACCUUCGUACUUGCUAAUGUGCUUCCUAAUGGACCGUACCGGAAGAAGAUGCCUGGUCAGUACGUUCAUGUUGAUCGGUGGCGUGUGCUGUAUAAUCGCCUCCAGUAUCCCGACUGGUACUGAUACAGCUGCCACCAUAAUCGUAACCAUCGUCCUAUUCGGCAAAGCUUGCAUAGCUGGCUCCUUCGCGGUUAUUUACAACUACACGGCCGAACUGUUCCCUACGGUAGUAAGAAAUACCGCCUUGGGAAUAGGCUCUAUGUGCGCUCGUUUCAGCGGAGCUCUCACGCCCUUGAUAAUGCUGUUGGACUCUCUGAAUCCCAAAGUGCCUGCGGUACUCUUCGGUUUCGUCGCCCUGGUAUCUGGUUUCUUAUCGUUGUACCUGCCGGAGACUGUGAAUCAGCCGAUGCCUGAAACUAUCGAGGACGGUGAGAAUUUUGGCAAGCACGACACCUGUUUCGCUAUGUAUUUGCGCUCGGGCAGAAAAACCAGCGCCGCUUACGAAGCUACACAACUUACGCAACUCACCGUCGACACAGACGAGAAGGAGAAGUUGAAUGAAGGAGGAAGCCCCAAGGAAAAUUCCCACUAGAGAGCAUCCGUUGUUAUUCUUUUUUAUUCUUAUAAAAAUCCUCAAAAACAUUCCAACUAUCGUCGAUUUGUUUCUCGAUUCGCCGUUUUACGCUUAACUCGACUGGACUAUAAGCAGGUAAAACUGUGACAAGCGCGAGAGUACAUAUCGCGAUUGAAUUAUUUUCCUAAUCCUAUACGAUUCUAAUCGCUAAAUAUGAAAGAAAGUUUUACCGGUAAAUUUUUUUAACUUCUCGCGAUCAUCGUAAAUUAAUCCUUAUUAAGCCAUUGAUCCAUUAAAUAUCGAUACACGUACGUGUAUUUACGUGCUACAUUGGUUCACCACAGUAUUCGUAGCAAUCAAAGUUUACUAAUUUUCGAUAAACUCAUAUACGUACAGAGUACGACCGAGUAACAUGUACAAGCGAGCACGAGGUGAUUCAUUAUGAAAGAAUAAGAACGAAAUAUGGAAUAAAAUUUGUUCAUUUAAGGCUUAGUUUUCGAGAAAAUCGAGUUUAUCAAGUAUACUUGAACAUGGCUAAUUACCGACUGGUAUGGGUAAACGAUCGAUAAGAUGUUAUCGAUAGAAGCGAAAGUAAGUAGAAGAUAUAAAAUAAAACUUGUCCGUUCAAGGCUAUAUUUUCAAGAAAACAGGUUAAUCGAUUUAGUACUUACACGCGUACGAUAAUUUUUCAAAUUUAUUUUUUCGGAAACAAAGCACCUCGAAGAAAUAUUUUAUUUUGCAUUUUCCAUUUAUUUUCACGCGUAAAAUGACCUGCUGUCGAUUAUUUAAUCUCGUCUAGUACGGAAUUAGCCACGUUAAAAUAUGUUUGAUAAAUUUUAAAAUUUUUCUUGUAAAUCAAGCCUUAAAUGAAAGAAUUUUAUUCCAUAUUGUGUUCUUAUUUUUCAUAAGGAAUCACUUCGUGUCCGCUUGUACGUGUUAUUCGGCCGCACCCUGUACGUUUCAACCGACUACAUACGUAUCGCGUAAAAUUAGUCUACUAGAAACUUUCACAAGUUGAAUAUCCUAUACAUUUUUUCGAAAUAAACUUUCAUUUAUUUAUUUAUAA